CCACCUCCCAAUAGAUGCAAACUGACGACCAUGAUCGGCUCCUUGGUUUCGUACGUGGGACUCCGGCUCCAGUCUUACCUCGUUGGCUCGUUGUCCCAGUUACCAUCAACAUCCCCGACAAUGUCCCCCACGCGCAGAUAAUCUCCGCGUGAAAGCGCGUUCACUUCCUCUGAGGAUCGUCAACAGUGUCUCCCGAGUUCUCUCCUAGUCUCUCCCCCUUUGCCUUGCCAUUAUUAUUUCUCAAUCUCAAUUCUCGCUGCCCCAUUCUUCUUUGUCCCCGAAUCCUUUUUAUCGCAGUUUUUUUUUUUAGAAUUUUUUUUUAUCAGUAAUGAGCACAUCAUAGAGACGAAAUUAAGCCUCCUCGUCCUAGUUACUUACUACUCUUGUCCGAUCACUGGUCUUUGUCGUGGUAUGGCAUGCCACCGGGAAUACAAAUCCCGACCACCAUCACCGGUUUUCUCCGUCUAAAUGCACCGAACACGAUGCCGUUUCAUCAGGACUCUUGAAUCCCAGAGCGACAACGAUGACGAGGACGGUGAAUAUGUAAUCAAACCGUCCCUAGCUGAAAUCAGAUUUUUCAUCCGUUUGGGUGCUUACAGCAAUGACGACCACUAACACUGAAACACCGCCUGUCGACACAGCUUCGGCCGACGAGCUUGCAGCAAAAGCUGUGCACAAGCGCUAUGAAGGGCUGGUUAUGGUUCGAAACAAAGCCAUUAAAGGUAAAGGGGCUUGGUAUUGGGCACACCUGGAGCCCAUGUUGGUUCACAACACUGACACUGGACUUCCUAAGGCAGUGAAGCUCAGGUGCUCUCUGUGCGACGCCGUAUUUUCCGCCUCGAAUCCUUCUCGCACUGCUUCUGAGCAUCUAAAGCGUGGAACUUGUCCCAAUUUCAGUUCUGCACCUGUGCCCAUUUCCUCUGUUUCACCUACGGCUGCAAUUGUGUCGUCGCCGCCGUCUUCUUCCGCUCACCACAAUCACCGCAAGAGAACUUCCUCUUCUUCUUCUGCUGGUAGAGCGUCUGGUGGUGGGCCCGCUUCGUCUUACCCAGCUCCGCAGCUUGCCAUGGUGGAUCCGUUGCGAUUCUGCGGGGAGCUCACGUACACGACGUCGUCAGCAUCACCUAGUCCUGUAGUGACAGGUGGUGCAGCGGGUUUGUUGCCACAACAACCGCAUUUGAUGUUAUCUGGAGGGAAGGAGGAUUUGGGAGCUCUGGCUAUGUUGGAAGACAGUGUGAAGAAGCUCAAGAGUCCUAAAACGUCACCUGGUCCUAUUCUUAGCAAGACCCAGAUUGAUAGUGCGCUCGAUUACCUCGCUGACUGGGUGUAUGAGUCUUGUGGGUCGGUGUCUUUUUCGAGUUUGGAGCACCCAAAGUUCAGAGCUUUCCUUAACCAGGUGGGUUUGCCAGCUAUUUCUCGCAGAGAAUUGACAGGAGCGAGAUUGGACGCCAAAUUUGAGGAAGCCAAGGUAGAAUUGGAAGCGCGAAUCAGAGAUGCCCUGUUCUUUCAAAUUGCAUCUGAUGGGUGGAAACCCAAGAAAUAUGGGGUUUACAGUGAUGAGAAUUUGGUGAAUUUGAGCGUGAAUCUCCCCAAUGGGACCAGUUUGUACCGAAGGGCGGUGUUUGUGACCGAUUCUGCUCCUUCUAAGUAUGCAGAGGAGGUGCUGUGGGAGACAAUCACUGGCAUUUGCGGGAAUGUUGUGCAACAGUGUGUAGGGAUAGUUGCGGACAAGUUUAAGGCCAAGGCUUUGAAAAACUUGGAGAUUCAGAAUCAUUGGAUGGUAAAUCUUUCUUGUCAGUUUCAAGGCUUCAAUAGUUUAAUCAAGGACUUCGGCAAGGAACUUCAGUUGUUCAGCACCGUCACCGAGAAUUGUCUCAAGCUCGCAAAUUUUGUCAAUUACAAGUCUCAGGUUCGGAAUAGUUUCCAAAAGUACCAGUCGCAAGAGUACGGCCACACCUGGUUAAUCCGAGUGCCGUCGCGAGAUGCCCAAAAUUUUAACUUUGCGCCUGUUCACACGAUGAUAGAAGACAUACUGAGUUCGGCUCGUGCUUUUCAGUUAAUUCUGUUAGAUGAAUCAUUCAAAAUGGUAUGCAUUGAAGACCCAACAGCGAGAGAAGUGGGAGAUAUGAUCCGCGAUGUGGGUUUUUGGAAUGAAUUGGAGGCAGUUCAAUCAUUGGUUAAACUGGUGAAGGACAUGGCUCUGGAGAUCGAGACAGAAAGACCGCUUGUGGGUCAAUGCCUUCCUCUGUGGGACGAAUUGAAAGCAAAGGUGAAGGAAUGGUGCUCCAAAUUCCAUAUUGAAGAAGAAUCAGUGGAGAAAGUGGUUGAAAGGCGAUUUAAGAAGAACUACCACCCUGCUUGGGCUGCUGCUUAUAUUCUUGACCCACUUUACUUGGUAAGGGACACUAGCGGCAAGUACCUUCCUCCGUUUAAGUGCUUGACGCCGGAGCAAGAGAAAGAUGUUGACAGGCUCAUAACCAGGCUUGUUUCGAAGGACGAAGCCCAUAUUGCUCUAAUGGAGCUUAUGAAAUGGAGAACAGAAGGGCUUGAUCCUCUUUAUGCCCAAGCUGUACAGAUGAAGGAGAGGGAUCCUGUGACUGGGAAGAUGAGAAUUGCCAACCCACAAAGCAGCCGGCUUGUGUGGGAAACUUACCUUACAGAGUUCAAAUCUUUAGGCAAAGUUGCUGUGAGGCUAAUAUUCCUUCACGCAACCUCGUGCGGAUUCAAAUGCAACGUGUCCUUAUUGAGAUGGGUGUGUGCUCGUGGACACUCCAGGACCGCACUGGACAAAGCUCAGAAAUUGAUAUUUAUUGCAGCUCAUUCCAAAAUGGAGAGACGCGAUUUCUCUAGUGAUGAAGAUAAGGAUGCAGAGCUGUUUACCUUGGCAAACGGGGAGGAUGAUGUGCUCAACCAGGUCCUUGUUGAUACAUCCUCAGCCUAGCAUUUUUUUUUAAAAUUGGUUUAUCAGUUAGGAUAUUUCAUUUUUAGAAUUUAUUAAAUUCUUUUACCACCCGCCUUCUUCUCCUUCCUCCUCCUUGUCUUUGGUCUUCUUUCAACCACUCCCUCUGUUUGUAUUUUGUUCAUUUAGUCUGAGGAUUUUUGGGGCAGCAAGGGGACACAUCUGUGGGGGAAAAGAUUUUCUGUAUUGCUACUUCCUUCUUUGGCCCUUGCAUGGUUUUGAAGUUGUUAAAUACGCGGGGAAAGAAUAUCUCGUCUUGUUUGUAAGGCUAGAAAAAGGAGCAUGAACUGGGGCACAUAACUGGAAGCAUGUCGUAGAAAUUUUUAUUCCUGACAUAAAUAAUAGUGUAUUUGUAAAGGGGAAGGUUUUUAUGAAUUCUCCUUUGGUUUUAAGAUCCGAUCCCCACUCACUUUCUCACCUCU